UUUUAUGUUGAAAAAAAUUGGAAUAUUUUCGAGGAUUUCACUUUUUGAUUCUUUAUAAACUCUUUCUUAGUUUUCACACGGAAAUAAAAAAUCUCUCUUAUUUCACUCUCUUGAUUAUCAUCAUCAUCAUUUUAUAUUGAAUCAAAGAUUUUUUAUUUGAAAUCCGACAGCAUUUGCUUUGAUUUAUUCCCUUACAUUUUUUUUUUUCGUUUUGAUCAAAAAGUAAGAAACGGUUUUACAAAAUUCUGUGCUGCCAUCACCGAUGCCUGAUAAUCGGCAAGUUCAGAACAAUGCUGUGUCGAAUGAAACCGCUGAUAAAAUUGAAGAAGCAAUUAUGCGGUUAAAAAUUAAUGAUAACAAUCAAGAGGUGGGUGUUUCUAGAUCAGCCUCGUACCCUGAUCGUCCGGGUGAACCGGAUUGUUCUUAUUUUUUAAGGACUGGAUCAUGUGGUUAUGGAAGUAAUUGUCGUUUCAAUCAUCCGGUUUAUGAUGCUCAGAAUGGGCAAUACAGAGAAGAACUCCCUGAAAGAAUUGGACAGCCAGACUGUGGGUACUUUCUAAAGACUGGAACUUGCAAAUAUGGAUCCACAUGUAAAUAUCAUCAUCCAAAGGACAGGAAUGGGGCCGGACCUGUUACAUUUAACGAUCUUGGUCUCCCUAUGCGUCAGGAAGAAAAAUCAUGUCCUUAUUACAUGCGGACUGGAUCAUGCAAGUUUGGAGUUGCGUGCAAGUUCCAUCAUCCCCAGCCUGCAUCACCUGGGGCUGGCUUACCUGCAAAUGCUGUGGGAUCAUCGAUUUUGCCACCAUCAGGUGUGCCAUAUGUUGGUGGAUUACCCUCAUGGUCACUACCUAGGCCACCUCAUGUCUCUGGACCACGUGUACAAACCCAAAGCUACAUGCCUGUUGUUGUUUCUCCUUCUCAAAACACAAUUCCUGCUCAUGGUUGGAGCACCUACAUGGGAAAUAUGAGUCCUGUAUCUUCUGCUGGUAUUCUUGGAUCGAAUUUCGCUUACAACUUGAUGAAUCCCGCUGAGUCAGGUUCUAGUGAGCAGAUGCUUUUGUCAUCAACGUCUGCUUCAGAUUUUCCUGAAAGACCUGAUCAACCCAAAUGUCGGUACUAUAUGAACACAGGCACUUGCAAAUAUGGAUCUGAUUGCAAGUACCAUCAUCCAAAGGAAAGGAUUGCAAAUUCAGCAGUAAACAGCAUUGGCCCACUCGGGCUUCCCUCUAGACCUGGGCAAGCCAUAUGUUCUAGCUAUGCUAUGUAUGGUCUCUGCAAAUAUGGGCCAACUUGCAGAUUCGAUCACCCAUACAUGGGAUAUCCUUAUAAUUAUGGUCUAAGUGUCCCUUUAUCCGUGUUGGAUACGUCUCUCUUACCAUAUCAAAGAAUGUCACCAACAGCCCAUUUGUCUGAAGCUCCUCUGCCGUCAAAGCUCUCUGAUUUGGCACGGAACACUGACUCUCUGAGCAAGAAACAUCAGAACUCGGAGAUUAAAAAUUCGGAUGAUCCACCUCCUCAACAGGUUACGUCACCACAUUCUUUGCAGGGUUCUUCGAAAACCUCACACGAUGAUUGAAACUGAUUUAACAUGUCAUUUUUGUUAAUCUCUUUUAACUUGCUCUCCUUUUGUUCAAAUUCGAGACCUUCGAAUGAGACUUUCAUGAUGUGUACCUCCUGCACCCCUUUCACCUGUGAUCCAGCUGAGUCGAUAUAGGUUAUUUGAAUAUUUGCUAUGAGCAAAAUGCUGGGAGGCAGGAAGGCAAUUUUUCUUUUCUUAUUUGUGGUGAAUAAAAUGCAGGUGAAAAGUUGUAAGAUCCUAUGUUUUUAUUUUUUGGCUUUGCUCAAAUUGUUUUGGUUUUUCUACUAUGGUUGUGGAUUUUACGUGAGUUGCAAACCUGGAAAUUCAUAUAUUAAUGCGGUGUUUAUGUUUUUUCA